GGAACCUCAGCUGACAGCACGCGUGCAUAGAAGAAGGAAAUGUAAACAAUUCUGCAGCCGUGCUGUUUAAAGCAUUAGAUUGUUCCAUUAAUAACACUUGGGAUAAAAGCUUGCUGUUGCUGAAUGCGCUCGACGGUAUGGCUUCGAGUUUCGGACCGCCGAAGCUCGCUGACUUCAUCCUCACCGAGAAACUCGGGAGUGGUACCUACGCGACUGUUUAUAAAGCAUACCGGAAGGUGGACAGUCGUGAGGUGGUGGCCGUAAAGGUGGUCUCGAAGAAGAGUCUGAACAGGACCUCAAUGGAGAAUCUACUCACUGAGAUUGAGAUCCUGAAAACCGUCCGCCAUCCCCACAUUGUCCAAUUGAAAGACUUUCAGUGGGACAGCGAGAACAUCUACUUGAUUCUUGAGUGGUGCUCCGGCGGGGACCUGUCGCGUUUCAUUCGCAGCCGACGCAUCUUACCAGAAAGAGUGGCACGUCGGUUCCUACAACAAAUAGCAUGUGCCCUGCAGUUUCUGAAUGAGCGAAAUAUCUCUCACCUGGACCUUAAGCCUCAAAACAUCCUACUGAGUGGCAAUGUGCUAAAACUGGCAGACUUUGGGUUUGCCCAGUACAUGUCUCCGUGGGAUGAGCAGAGUGCGCUGCGUGGCUCUCCACUCUACAUGGCCCCAGAGAUGGUGUGCAGGAGGCAGUACGACGCUCGCGUAGACCUCUGGUCAGUGGGGGUCAUUUUAUACGAGGCCUUGUUUGGGCGAGCGCCGUUUGCGUCCCGCUCAUAUGCUGAGCUGGAGGAGAAAAUUCGCAGUGACAAACCUAUAGAGUUACCUGUCGGUGCUCGCGUGUCCAGAGACUGCAGAGACCUGCUGAUGAGGCUGCUGGAGAGAGACCCGGACACUCGCAUGUCCUUCGCUCAGUUCUUCAGCCACCCCUGUGUGGACAUGGAGCACAUGCCCAGCGGCGAGAGCUUGGGGAAGGCGAAGGCGCUGGUGCUUCAGGCGGUGCAGAAGGACCAGGAGGGUGAGCGAGGGGCUGCUCUGUCCUUCUACUGCAGUGCACUGGAGCACUUUGUCCCCGCCAUCCACUAUGAAGCCGACAGACAGAGGAAGGAGGCACUUAGACAAAAGGUGAAGCAGUACGUAUCCCGUGCGGAGGAGCUGAAAGCCCUGGUGGCCUCUGAUAACAAAAUCAGCUUUGAGGAGCGCAGCUCGGCAAGAGACAUACUGAGAGAAAUGUCUCGGAACCAGCCCCGGCUGCUGGCAGCAUUGGAUCUGGCAUCAACGGCCAUAUCUAGAGAGGAGAUGGGAGAUGAGGACUAUGACACACUGGACCUGUACCAACAAAGCCUGGGAGAGAUGCUGUUGGCACUUGCAGCUGAACCCCAGGGCCGCAAGAGAGAGCUGCUGCACAGUGAGAUUAAAAGUCUCAUGACCAGAGCGGAGUAUCUGAAGGAGAACAUGAAGAUGCGUGAGACGAAGACCGACGUGUCCCUGGACAGAGAGCCGCUGUCCGAGUCUGUUAGAACAUCCUGCUGUCUCCAGUGAACAAAGCCUCUUCGCCAUGGCGACGGGAACACUCGGGACGGACGGAAGUGACCUCACCUCAAGCCUCAACCUAUCCUGGAUCUCAGUCUGGUUUUUGGACACCACCAGGCCUGCCUCUUUAACC